GCACCACCUUCCAUGGUUAGCACUGAGCAGCGCCAGCAUGCUGAGCACAUAUUCUUAUCGUUUAGGAAAUCAAAGUCACCAUUCGCAGUUUGCAAGCAUAUUUUGGUUCCUCAUGCUUUGGAAGUAACAGUUGAAGAGAGGUGAGGAAAGUUUGUGACAAUUGUGAUCGGUGAUUAGCUGCCACCUGCCUGAGGUGUCUUCUGAGAGGAACUAACCUCUUUGUGGUGCUAGCGCGAGGUCACUGGAUAAAAAAGGCACAGAAACCAGCAAGGUGGACUACGUGCUCUUCCAGGCCGCCACGGCCGUCAUGGAGGCCGUCGUCCGCGAGUGGAUCCUGCUGGAGAAGGGCAGCAUCGAGUCCCUGCGCACAUUCCUCCUAACCUACGUCUUACAGAGGCCCAACCUCCAAAAGUAUGUUCGGGAACAGAUUCUAUUAGCAGUAGCAGUAAUUGUAAAACGAGGAUCGUUAGAUAAAUCAAUUGACUGCCAAAGCAUUUUUCAUGAAGUCAGCCAGUUGAUAAGUAGUGGCAACCCCACUGUGCAAACUUUGGCCUGUUCUAUUCUAACUGCACUCUUGAGUGAAUUCUCAAGUUCAAGCAAAACUAGCAACAUUGGACUGAGUAUGGAAUUCCAUGGCAACUGCAAAAGAGUUUUUCAGGAAGAAGACCUGCGCCAGAUUUUCCUGUUGACCGUGGGAGUCCUUCAGGAGUUCAGCAGGCGCGACAGCCUCAGCGCCCAGAUGUCGUCCGUGUUCCAGCGCUACCUUGCCCUCGCCAACCACGUCCUGAGCUGGAACUUUCUUCCUCCAAACCUGGGCAGACAUUAUAUAGCCAUGUUUGAAUCCUCACAAAAUGUGCUUCUGAAGCCAACGGAGUCCUGGCGGGAGGCCCUCCUGGACAGCAGGGUCAUGGAGCUUUUCUUUACCGUACAUCGGAAGAUCAGAGAAGAUUCUGACAUGGCCCAGGACUCCCUGCAGUGCCUCGCCCAGCUGGCGUCUCUUCACGGGCCCAUCUUCCCUGACGAAGGGUCCCAGGUUGACUACCUGGCACACUUCAUCGAGGGGCUGCUGAACACCAUCAACGGGAUCGAGAUAGAAGAUUCGGAAGCCGUGGGGAUCUCCAGCGUCAUCAGCAACCUGGUAACCGUGUUCCCGCGCAGCGUUUUGACUGCCAUUCCCAGUGAGCUGUUCUCGUCCUUUGUGAACUGCCUCACGCACCUCACCUGCUCCUUCGGGCGCAGCGCGGCGCUGGAGGAAGUGCUGGAUAAGGAUGACAUGGUUUACAUGGAAGCCUAUGACAGGCUGCUGGAGUCCUGGCUGACGCUGGUGCAAGACGACGAACACUUCCACAAGGGCUUCUUCACGCAGCACGCGGUUCAAGUUUUCAACUCCUAUAUCCAGUGCCACCUCGCCGCUCCAGACGGCACGCGGAAUUUGACCGCCAACGGCGUGGCCUCUCGCGAGGAAGAAGAGAUCAGCGAGCUGCAAGAGGACGAUCGCGACCAGUUCUCGGACCAGCUCGCCAGCGUGGGGAUGCUCGGCCGGAUCGCGGCAGAGCACUGCGUACCUCUGCUGACAAGUUUGUUAGAGGAAAGAGUAACGAGGCUGCACGGGCAGUUGCAGCGGCAGCAGCAGCAGCUCCUGGCCGCCCCCGCUUCGCGCUCCGUCGACAGCAAGACGCUGGAUGAUCUGUAUGAAGAUAUCCACUGGCUGAUUUUAGUUACAGGCUACCUCUUAGCUGAUGAUACUCAGGGAGAGACUCCGCUAAUACCUCCAGAAAUAAUGGAAUAUUCCAUUAAGCAUUCAUCUGAAGUUGACAUUAAUACAACCCUUCAAAUUUUGGGAUCUCCGGGAGAAAAGGCUUCUUCCAUCCCAGGGUACAACAGGACAGAUUCUGUGAUUAGGCUGUUAUCUGCGGUUCUGCGAGUUUCGGAAGUUGAAUCUCGAGCCGUGAGAGCGGCUCUCACUCACCUCCUGAGCCCUCAGAUGGGCAAGGAUAUCGUUUGGUUUCUAAAGCGCUGGGCAAAGACUUACCUCCUGGUGGAUGAGAAACUGUACGAUCAGAUAAGCGUGCCCUUCAGUGCGGCCUUUGGGGCGGACACGGAGGGCUCUCAGUGGGUGGUCGGCUACCUCCUGCAGAAAGUCAUCAGCAACCUGUCGGUGUGCAGCAGCGAGCAGGACCUUGCAAACGACACCGUGCAGCUGCUGGUCACCCUCGUGGAGAGAAGGGAGAGGGCAAACUUAGUGAUUCAGUGUGAAAACUGGUGGAGCCUAGCUAAGCAGUUUGCAAGCCGCAGCCCGCCUCUGAAUUUCUUGUCCAGUCCUGUGCAGAGGGCGCUGAUGAAGGCGCUCGUCCUGGGCGGCUUUGCCCACAUGGACACAGAAGCCAAACAGCAGUACUGGACGGAGGUUCUUCAGCCACUUCAGCAGCGAUUCUUAAGAGUGAUAAAUCAAGAAAACUUUCAGCAGGUGUGUCAGCAGGAGGAGGUCAAGCAGGAGAUCACUGCCACGCUGGAGGCCCUGUGUGGCAUUGCCGAGGCCACGCAGGUUGACAAUGUAGCCAUCCUGUUUAAUUUUUUAAUGGACUUCCUUACCAAUUGCAUUGGGUUGAUGGAAGUUUACAAAAAUACCCCAGAGACUGUCAAUCUCAUCAUAGAAGUUUUUGUUGAAGUUGCACAUAAGCAGAUAUGCUAUCUUGGAGAGUCCAAAGCCAUGACCUUGUACGAAGCCUGCCUGACGCUGCUGCAGGUGUACUCCAGGAACAACCUGGGGCGGCAGAGGAUCGACGUCACGGCGGAGGAGGAGCAGUACCAGGACCUGCUUCUCAUCAUGGAGCUUCUCACGAACCUUCUGUCCAAAGAGUUCAUAGAUUUCAGCGACGCAGAUGAAGUGUUUAGAGGCCAGGAGCCCGGGCAAGCCGCCGGCAGAUCUGUGUCGGCCGCCGAUGUUGUGCUGUACGGCGUGAACCUGAUUCUGCCCUUGAUGUCCCAGGACCUCCUGAAGUUUCCAACCCUUUGUAAUCAGUACUACAAAUUGAUUACAUUUAUCUGUGAGAUUUUUCCUGAAAAAAUACCACAGCUUCCGGAAGAUCUUUUUAAAAGUUUGAUGUACUCGCUGGAACUAGGGAUGACGUCAAUGAGUUCGGAGGUUUGCCAGCUGUGCCUGGAAGCUCUGACGCCACUGGCUGAACAGUGCGCAAAAGCACAGGAGACAGACUCGCCGCUUUUUCUGGCAACGCGGCACUUCCUCAAGCUGGUUUUCGACAUGCUGGUUUUGCAAAAGCACAACACAGAGAUGACCACGGCGGCCGGCGAAGCUUUCUACACGUUGGUGUGCCUGCAUCAGGCAGAAUAUUCUGAGUUGGUUGAAACAUUACUGUCAAGUCAGCAGGACCCAGUUAUUUACCAGAGACUAGCAGACGCCUUCAACAAGCUCACGGCCAGCAGCACGCCGCCGGCGCUGGACCGGAAGCAGAAGAUGACCUUCCUGAAGAGUUUAGAAGAGUUUAUGGCGAAUGUUGGUGGCCUCCUUUGUGUAAAAUAAACCACAAAGCUGUAUCUUAAUCAGA